CAGAGCCAGAGGGCCAGAACUGUCCUGACCUCCCUCAAGGCUCCCUUGAGUCAGCCUCAGUUGCUUGGAAGGAAGCCAUCUGAGUCCCCUCCCUGUCCUGGGGCUCUGGCCUUUCCUGAACCUUCAGUCCUGGUAACCUGUCAACACAGACUUUUGUCCCCAAAGAGCAACGACUCAAUUGAGCAAGAGUCCUGAUGACUAGACAUUGCUAAGGGCAGAUCUGGCAAGGAGUUUGCAAACACAAAAAUGGACAAUGUGCAGCUGGACGUUCCAAUCCUUCAACAGCUGUACCACUGGGACUGUGGGCUGGCUUGCUCCAGGAUGGUUCUGCAGUACCUGAACCUCCUGAAUGACGACGAGUUCCAGAAAGCCAUCCAGGACCUCCAGAUGACGGAGAGCAUCUGGACCAUCGAUUUGGCCUACCUGAUGCGUCAUUUUGGGGUGAAGCAUCGUUUCUGCACACAGACCCUGGGGGUGGACAAGGGCUACAAGAACCAGUCGUUCUACAGGAAACACUUUGACACAGAGGAGAACCGAGUCAACCAGCUGUUUGCACAAUCCAAAGCCUGUAAAGUGCUGGUAGAGAAACGCACAGUGACUGUCCGGGACAUCCAGGAUCACCUUGCCCAAGGCCAUGUGGCCAUUGUGCUGGUCAACGCCGUCCUGCUGCUCUGUGACCUCUGCUCCAACCCGGUCAAAUAUUGUUGCUUUCUCCCAACCGGCCAGAAGUGCUUCUGCAGAAGUCCUGACUACCAGGGCCAUUUCGUUGUCUUGUGUGGCUACAGCAAAGCCUCAGGGAGUAUUUAUUACAACAAUCCUGCCUAUGCUGACCGAACAUGCCGAACCAGCAUCAAUAACUUUGAGGAAGCAAGAACCAGUUAUGGCACCGAUGAGGACAUCCUGUUUGUUUACAGAGACAGCUGACCUCUUGGAGCUGCCAGGGCUUCCACGUCCGUCACUGGCCAGCUUGCAACAGCAGCAGCCUUAUCUCAGGGCUGCAAGAGACUUUGCUCCCAGACUGCAGCAGGACCACAAAGAAGGGAUACUUUAGACCAGGAUCUAAACUGGUAUUAUAUUGUUUUGUUGUGUGCCACCUUGGGGGGCGGGGAAAUGUAUCCAGAAAAGCAGGCUCUAAAUUGGCUGAAAUAAAUACGUUUUAGAUUGGGAUCUACUCAUAGAUCUCUGGGUGUUUUGCAGUAGAUCAAGAAGGAUGUCAGAGACUCCCAAUUUUGUAAUCGCAGCAAUGUGAAAGACUCAAAAGGCCAGGAGUGGGUUUUUACAUCUGGCUCCAGUUGGUCGGCCUCCAGGCUCUAUUUGGAAAUAAAAAGUAGAUCCUGCAAGCGUGAAAUCUGCCCUGCCCUGUCUCUAAACCUACAGAGAGCAGCAUGGCGGUCCUGUUGCCAUCUUUUUAGUUUUGAUGAUGAUAAUGAAGAUGAAAAUAGCUUGUGUAUAGCGACUGUAAUAUUUAAAUAUAUGUGUGUAUUUUUAAAAUUUGCACAUUUUGAGAAGUUUUCAAAUGCAGACUUGGACUUCUUUUUCCUGUUGGCCCCUUUUGACAGGAACGAAAGUCUUAGUAUUCACUUCCACGCCAAAUUCAUGAAUUCCCCCUGCCCAAGAGAAGUUCAACACAGAAAGGGACAAGAGUCAGUCCUCCUUUCUUUACUGUAAGUGCUGACCUUUCACCCAGUUUGGGCAUCUCAUAAUCAGGGAACAGAAUAACAUAAACAGCCUAGGAUUAUUGGAUAUUGGGAGAAGGAGCAACAAGAGGACGUAGUCCACAUACGUAUACCUGCAUCGCCUGCAAACCACAAUGUGUAGAUUCUCACAGCUGCUUUUGACGCAUGAAGGGUUUCUGGUAGCCAGGACCUUUUUCAUGAGGUCAAGCCGUUCCUUCUGAAAGCAGGGAAUUAAAAGGCAUUGCAGUUGUAACUGCAGACCCUCCAAAAUGGUUGGAUGAAUCAGUUCUUUGCAUACCAUCGGUUUGUUUUCAGAUAAUCUCAGUUUAAUUCCUGUCAUGUUAAGCGUUCUUUUUUAGUGAGGGGCUGCCAAAUCGUGAUUGUACUAGGUCCUCUCUAAAGAAAUUAAAGGUUUUAAAAGUACAAGAUUGAGCAGAAUCUCUUGAUAACUUUGGCCCCAAUCCAGCACAAUUAACCUUUGUUUAACACAUCAGUUGCAAACGGCUGUCAGCCAGGAGAUACUCUGAACACAGAGUAUCCGCCAUCACCAGCACUCUCUAGCAAGAACUGGUGACAGCUCUUCAUAGCCUCAGGCUUAAUGCUAGUGUUUUAAGAUAACAACCUAUGUUUGGGUCAGAUCCAUUUGGCCCUAGAAAGCAGACCUGAACUACUUGCUAAAGCAAGUGCAGCUAGCAGGAGCAUAACUCCAAAGUCUGGGCAGGGAGGGAAAUUUUGUUAACAUGUUCGAAAGCUGCAAUUUCAGGCCGGGAUUGUGUUGAUAACAAGAUUGCUUGAAGACUUCCAAGACAACCCAGCGGCUUGGCUCAGAACUGUUGAUAUAAUUGGAGGCAGGGAAAUUUCUCUUGGCUGCAGUUCAGGAUGAUUCUAGCCUGAGUCCAGACUGUUCUACCUCAUCACACUGCACUCAUGUUUUUGGAUUCAACUCAGGGGUGUACAUGGCUUCCCUGCUGGUCAAAAAUAAACUUUGAUAUUGUAAUAUC